GAUGAAUGUUGUUGCAACACCCUCGGGCAGUCAUCUGACACAUGUAAAAUUGACGAGAAAGACACGAUUGAUCAACAAUUCCAGCAAUCCGAAGAUCAUGGAGGCAUCCACGAAUACUACCGACCCAAGUUCCGUGGUGGAGAAUCAAGAUAGAGUCGAUGGAAACAUGGGAGCUUGGAUGCAAGGGACAGGCAAGUCGUUUCAAAAGGGAAUGCAAAAAGUUUCCGGACACGUUCACCCCAAAGCCCCGCGGAGAAAAUUCAAAGGCCAAGCCAGUGAUUUGGAACGGAUUUUGACACGAAAGCGGGCUCAAUUGAAGCGAGCCCAGGAUUUGAAGGCCUCGUUAAUGCAAUUGGAGACGCAGCAAAGUCAGACUCAAUUGGCUUUGGAGAAGCUCAAGACUCGGCUCAAGUCUGUUCAAGAGGAAAUCCAAGCGACCGUAACCGACCCGGAAUAUCUCCGCUCGGGGCAGAUCGAGCAACUCCAAAUCAAGAUCACGGAGACCGAGCUGCGAUUGAUCGAUUUCAACGAAACUCCAGUUGUGGCGCAAGAAGGAGAACUCCAUGAUGAGGAUGACGACGAAUUUCGGGAAUAUGAAGCUAAUUGUUGUCAAUGUGAAGAUCCAUUCCCGAUCGAUCAUCUUUUCGCUUGUCAAGAAUGUGGAGCCUUAUUCUGCACUCAAUGUCUCUCGCUCAUGACGGAACAUUUAUCCAAUUGCCCAGACUCGCGCCCAAGCGCUCCAAGCGCUCAAAGUUCCAGUUGAGUUGCCUUUUAUACCUACGAGUAUAUUACAGUACAGAGAGAGGAAGAGAGAGACACGGAGGGGUGUGUGUAUUCUCAAAUUGGGUUGAUACCAAAUAAACGUAAUCAUGUCAACCUAAGGCACAUGUUCAGCUUU